AUGUCCCAAGCGGACGCUUCGGGACACCUCAAGUCAGGCAGCAAGCCUUCUCGAGGAAGGAACGAGUUGGAGCUGAAGGAGGACGGAGAUUGCUCCUCCACUCCUGUUGGUGCUCCCUUGCUCGACGAGGAGCUCAAAGCUACCUCAGAGUGUUUGCGGCUUGUUCGUGCUCGUGUGCAGAAGGCUGAGGCCCUGGCAAGCUUCUAUGCCACUGCUCAAGCUGAAGCUCAGGCCUUUAUCGUUGCUGCUCUAUGGGAGACGGACCCCCGCAGGGUGCGAGCCGCGCUCAAAGAGCUCGAGGCGAUCGUGUCGCAGGCCCCCUCCACCUCCCCUUACGCGACUCCGAGACAUUCCGACGGGAGGGUGCCGGUCAGACCGCAUGGAGAGGACGGGAGUGACGACGAGGAUGUGGAGCUGUUGCGUGCUGUCGAGAUGUUGAGCCAUGGGCGCGGGAUCGUCCGAGACACAAGCCUCUUCCUCACCGAGCAGCUCGCCAGCUUCGGUUCUCCCGCUCCUUCGCGUCCCGAAGUCGGGUGA